AGAUUAAUAGCUUAAUCACUGGGAAAUCCCAUUCCAGAGUCAGGCAAGCAGUAAGGAGGAGGGCAGUACCCACCAACCACCAAAACUACUAUGACUCCUGGAAAAACUGAAGAAAUGCUUUAACCUAUUGACACAUCCCCCUCUGCUGAUUCAUUGAUCUAAGAGCUUUAUAUAGGAGGGAACCAAACCCUUCCUCAGUCUAUACAGCUGCAACUCAGAGAGCUACAGGAUAGCCAACAACCAGGAUAUAACAAUGUGGAAAGGUCACCUUUUUGGAAUUGUACUUUACCUUAUGAGUCAUCUGGUCUACAGCCAGUGCCCUAAAGAAUGCAAAUGCCUUCGAGAUGGUCAAGUGGACUGUUUCGGAGCAGAUAUUUUUGAGAUCCCACGUUCUAUCCCUCAGAACAUCAAAAACCUUCAGAUAAGAAGCACUGAAGUCACUGAAAUUGAAGAUGGUGUCUUGGAAAACAUGACAUCUCUGUUAAUUUUGAGAAUUGAAAAAAAUGAACUGUUAUCUGUUAUAGCCCCUAAUGCAUUCAACAACCUAAUAUCUCUGAGAUACUUAAGUUUGGCCAGCAAUAAACUACAAGAAUUGCCUGGAAGUUUAUUUAAAAACCUCGCCAAACUGGAAACUCUCAUUAUAUCAAACAACCUGAUUAGUCAGAUUCACCCAUCACUUUUUGCUCCACUAGUUAACGUGAAGGAGCUCAACUUAUUGGGAAACAAUCUUCGAGUCAUACCAAGAGGAGCCUUUGAUCAGAUGAGUGGACUUUUAAAGCUGAAUUUAGCUAAAAAUAAUCUUACACGUCUACACCUCAAAACUCUGGAAAAAGUCACUAAGCUUCAAACUUUGAGAGUGUAUGAAAAUCAGCUCAAAGAUAUCCCUGAAGGUUUACUGAAAACACUUACAAGUCUACAAGAAGUUGCACUGCAAAGUAAUCAGAUAAGUCAAAUAUCUGCUGAUAUGUUCUCCAACAACCUUAAUUUACAGAAAAUAUACUUAUCAAAUAACAUGAUCACAUCACUGCCCCAAGGAUUAUUUAUGAAUUUGCCAGAACUCUCUAAACUAACUUUAUUUGAAAAUUCCAUUAAACACAUUUCCACUGGGGUGUUUGGGCCAAUGCCAAAACUGAAGGAACUCUGGUUAUAUGAUAACUUCCUUGAAGAACUUGUGGAUAAUGCCUUCUCCAAUCUAGCACAAAUACAAUUGCUAAUUAUAUCCAGAAAUAAAAUCCAGUCCAUCUCUGCAAAUGCCUUCAAUGGCUUAGAUGAGCUCCUGGAGCUUUCACUGCAUACCAAUGCACUAUCCACUCUAAAUGAAGAUGUUCUCCAGGGCAUGCCCAAGUUGCAGAAUAUUUCUCUUCACAGCAAUAAGAUUGAACAUCUUCCUGCAGGGAUGUUUAGAAACUUGGACACGUUAAUGACCAUACAGUUGCAAAACAAUUCUCUAGAGAACCUGCCAGAAGAAUUUUUUGACACUCUAACACAUGUAAAAGAAAUAAGACUUUUCAAUAACCCAUGGAAAUGUGAUGCUCACGUUUUUCCCCUGAAGAACUGGAUUACUCAUAAUCUGAUAAAACUUGGAAACCAAGGCCAGCUUGUGUGCAUCAAUCCUCCCUUCGUAGGCAUGCCCAUAGCUGAGCUAGAUGAAGAAGAACUAUUAUCUUUGGGAUCUACAGUUGCACCAGAAGAGGACCAAACAAUAUCUAUUUAUGAAGAAAGUACUACUGUCCCUGUCCAAAGUUCUGAAGAGCCCAAACAUGUUACCAGUACAACAAUAGCAGAAACAAGAACAACAGGACAAUCUGGCAACUCUGAUGAUGAUGAUAUUUUGGACACCACAGAAUCAGACAUAAUCACUAAAAAUAAAGAACGUGGUGGAAGCAGGCUGGUUGGAGUUGUUGCGGCAAUAAUUGUUUUGUGUUGCGUAGCAAUUGUUUGUACAGUUAUUGCAUGUGUACUAUACCAGAGAAAGAAGAAGAACCAUGUUGAACUCAUGAGAAUGAAACAGCAGAAUGAAGCAUGAAGGAAAUUGUUCGUAAUGUUUAAUCACUGAGAAACAUUCUAUAGAAGCACUGUUUUAAGAUUGCUUCAGUAUAUUAGACUUUAUGGAAGGUACCUGAUCCUUGACCCUUGGAUCUUAAAUCAGCCAACAUUACCUAUUUUUCACAUGGUUUAGAAAAUUUACUUUGCACCGAAGUACAAAUAAAUUCCACUUUAGGUUUGUCAAAUAUUCAUUUCAUAUCAGUUUGGGUGAAACAUCCAUAUAAUAUUUUUUCUCAAGCCGUAGAUAAGGAAAGAAGAAGGGCUAACCUCAUUCUCAUCACAGCUUUUUUUCAAAUAGAACAUUUUAAGUACUUUUAUACAACACCUCUAGAAUUUUUUUGGGUGGGCAGGUGUGAUUUUUUUUUUUUUUACUUUGGAGUUGUGGUGAUCUUAUUACAUAUUAAUGUAUAGUAGAAGGCUGACUGUAUGAAUGUAUAAGCAUUUCUUCAGUUUAAUAAAACUUCCUAGAGGCAUACCCUGUCUCUUAUCAAGAAUUAGAAUCAGGUAAGGUAUAAUGGCAGAACAUAACAUUUGAUACAGUGUCUAUAAUCAUUACAUAUGCUUCUUUAUGAUCAAUAUUACACUAAGUGACAAGGCUAUGACUAUGGCUCUACUGCUGGUCCACACAAUGCAGUGUUGGAACAGUUUUGAUACAAUUAACCAUGCAUGCUCCCAGAAAUUAAUUGGCGUUAAGAAAACAGCUAAGUGAACAAAUACCUUAAAGGGGUUCUCUCACUUCAGCAAAUGGCAUUUAUUAUGUAGAGAAAGUUAAUACAAGGUACUUACUAAUGUAUUGUUAUUAUCCAUAAUGCCUUGUUUGCUGUCUGGAUUCAUAUUUCCAUCACAUUAUACACAGCUCUUUUCCAUGGUUACACCAUCCUGUAAUCUAGCAGAGGUGGCCGUGCUUGCACACUAUAGGAAAAAGCACCAGCCCACGUGCUCUCCAACAGUCUCAGCCGCAAGGGAGGCCGACUCUAUUUCAUAUAGUGUGCAAGCACGACCAGCACUGAUGUAUUGCAGGGUGCUCGUAACCAUGGAAACGAGCAGUGUGUAAUGUGAUGAAUAAAAUGAAUCCGGCCAGCAAAGGAGGCAAUAUGGACAAUCACAAUACAUUAGUAAGUACCUUGUAUUAACUUUCUCUACAUGAUAAAUGCCACUUACUGAAGUGAGACAACCCCUUUAAAAGUCUGUAAGUGUCUCCUAAUUGGUUCUUUCAUGAGUGCAUUACGAUGCUUGCCCGUUGGCAGCACAUUUCCCCAUGUAAACAGAAGAUGUGCUGUCAACAUAAUGUAAACUGUUUCUAUCUGCCGGUGUGAAGUCUCUUGAAAGGGAGUCUGUCACCAGGAAAUUCACUGUUAGACCAAAACUGGUGUAAAGGAAAACUGGCUUAGUUGCCUAUAGCGUCCAAUCAGAUUCCAUGUUUCACUUUUCACAGUUCCUUUUGAAAAUAAAGGAUGGAAUCUGAUUACUUGCUAUGGGCAUCUAAGCCAGUUCUACUUUACACCAGUUUUGAUAAAUCUCUCCCAAUGUCUUGUAGGGUUACCUCAGCUGAAUGUAAUGAUACUGUUCACUUUUUUGUUCUUUUAAUCCACAUGCAAAUGAGCAGUUAAGUGUGCUGAGGGCAUGCCCAAGCCACUCUGUCCACCCUUGCCCCCUCUGCUUCCUCUGCCAUACCCUUCUCUCCUUCUUGAUUGAUAUUGGCAGGUUCGUAUUGUGCAUAGUCAUCUCACCUGGUCCUUUGAGUCCAAAGGAAAAGGGAAGGGCUGACAGAGGAGCAAGGGUGCACCCAGUGUCUUAGACCUACCCUCAUUGCACUUAACUUCUCAUUUGCAUGUGGCUUUAAAGUAGUUUUUCUCAAGAAUGACGCAACAGAUCACUAAGUGAAAUGUAUCAUUACAUUCAGCUGUACUGACCCUACAAGGUAUUGUGUCUUGUUUAAAAGUGAAUUUCCUGGUGACAGAGCUUUAGUUGUCAACUUUUUUUGAUCACUAUAGACACGCUUUAUAGCCCUGCAUUGGGAGCAAUCUGAUAAAAAUGAAAGCAUCCAGUACUAGUACUAUAUGGUUCUAUAUUAAUAGAUUUUACUUUGCUGUGGUAGCCAUUUUUGCAAAAGUAAAGGAACAGAAUGUAAAGCCAUAUUUGUUGGCAUUUAUUAAUCAUCUUCUCAAUAGCUAAUGACUAAGUCUGUCAGUAUGUUCAACAAAUAACAAGGUGACUGGUUUUCUGCUAGUUGCGUAGAAUAUUAUACAAAAUCACAGGCUCACAGCCAAUAUGGCUGCCUUCCUGUUGUCACUAGAGGCGAGAAACAAAUUUUAUAAAAAAUUCCAGUAUGAAUUGAUCCAUAUGCAUUUUGGGGUAAGAGAGAGAGACUCACACACACA